AUGGAUCGCAGUCGGCCUCCCAAACACCAGCAACUCGCCUCAGCCACAUCUACAAGUCGUCCACCAACAUCAAUACCCUCGAACUCGGUUGCCGUGCCCAAGGAGACCGUCAAGCGCAAGCCAGUCCCAGGCUCUACUCAUUCCUCGCCAGCGACGUCUCAGAACCCUUCCUUGCCUUACUCGAACGACCCCUCCAAGCCCCAACCUCCACCCUUACAACCACCCCCUACAUUACCUGCUGUCGCCACCUCUUCUCCCAUUCUCGCGCCCCGCGAUUUGGACCAGUAUCCCAGAGGCUUUUCCCCGCAAGCCAAUCAUAACAACAAUGGCUACUUCCCUCCAAUAACACAAGCAAAUCAAGAGAGUCCCAGUCAACCAGGGGUUGCAGCGUGCGAGAUCAUUGCAUCCAGCUGGCCAAUCUCUCCCGGGGAAGAUCUUGACGACGAGCCGGCAGGAGACCCUGCGAUGAUAGCAAAGACUCCCCGUUCUCCGGGUCCAAACAAGCUAACAUCCUUCUUCGGGUGGAAAACCUCUCCCACCCCUGUCGCCGAGACAUCACCCACGUCAAAUUCUGAUAGGAGUCUCUCGCCUGUUCCGUCACCACUUACGCCCCUGUCGCAAAGUACAGCCCCCUCCAAACCCUUCCCCGGCGUACUCGAUACCAAGAAGGCAAACGCAACAAUGAAUGGCACCUUCUUCGCCGACACCGGCUUCCCUCUACCCCCUAUGAAUGGCCACAACGCGCUUCUUAAUGGCCAUGUUGAUGACCUAGAGGAGGAAUUGAAGGAAGUCAGUGCGGAGUUGGCAGGAUCGAUAAGGCGGGAGAUGGAACUGGAAGAGCUGAUAGAUCGGAUGCAGUUCGAAGUAUCACAAGGCCCAGAUCUAGGACGACGAACGAGCGACUACUUCUCUGAUUCUGGUAGUGGCUCGACUCGAUAUCCUGGUAGCGAUGCAGGCAUCAAUAAAGCUGAUGACCUAGCAAAGCAGAAGAGACAGUCAGAGCAGGAAAAAGCACAGUUCAAGCUAGGCCUUUCUCAAAAGCUGCAAAACGAGCGUGACAGACGAAAAUCACUUGAGGAUCAUAUCCGACAAAUGAGCGAGCAAAUGGAAAACAUGGACCAAGAACGUACAACAACAUCCGAUAACCGCCUUCGUGAACUUGAGAACUCCCUCGAAGAUCAUCGCCGUCGCUUGCAGCAAGAAAAGACAGCGAAGGAGAAUUUCGAAGAUAUCCUUGAUGCCCUCAAAGGUGAAAUAUCUCAGUACCGGGAUGAGAGAGACAACCUUCGAGACGAGAUUGUUCCUCAGCUCAAGUCUCGGGUGGAAGGUCUCGAGGCUGAGGCUACGGAGGCACAAAAGCUCACAUAUGACAGCGCACGAAUGCAACAAGAACUCCAGUCCCUCAAAAAUGAGAACACCACCCUCAUGAAUGCGAGAAGAAUGCAGCUUGAAAUGCAGCAACAGUCUUCUCGUUUUAAUGCUAUUGCCGAAGAAGGAGGACCCUCACCAACAGAAGGAAUAGGCCUAGGUCUUAGCAGGUCUGCUUCUACGACGCGUGGUUCCGGAAUGGCAAGGGCGGGCUCGUUGAAGAGGUCUAAUUCAGUAUCUAGCAAGGAGCGUGAGUUCAAUGAGAGGGUAAAGGAUAUCGAGAUGCAAAGGGAUGCUUUACACAAGGCAUUAAAGCUUUUGCUUGAACGACAGGGUCUUCAGAAAAAGGAGCACGAAAAGUCUAUCCACAUUCUAGAGGCAGAGCGGGAUCGUGCAUUGCAAAACCAGUCGCCACGCAGAAUGGGGUAUGAGAAAGAGGUCAAGGGUCUCAAGUUUGAAAUUGAUCACCUUCGAAAGCGAGCCGAUGACGCCCUCCAACAGAAAUUUCAAUGUGAGACGGGCCUGGGCGGUUUGAAGAAAGAUCUGGAUCGCGCGGAGCAAGAGACCUCCUCUCUCCGAUACUUGCUUCAAGAGCAUGACAUUCAAUUCUCGGGGCAUCCUGGCUCGCGGUCACAGGAGAUUGAGCAUGAGAAACAUGCUACGUCUACUUCAUUAGAAAAAGCCUACCGAGAGCUCCAAAGAACCCAGACCAUUUCUAUUUCGAAACUUCGAGAACUUCACGGUGCAGCUGCAUCAGGCUCUGAGGACGCGGACACUACGGAUAUGAUGGACAAAUUGGUCCGAAGCAUGUCGAAUGCCGCUGCGGAGCGUGAUCUGGCCCAGAAGCAGGCUGCCAUGUUUCGUGCUGAAGCCGAUUCACUCAAGGAAACGGAUACUUUUCACACUGACGAAAACAGUGGCCUGAGUGACCAGUUGCGAGCUGCGGCGAGUCGUAUAGAAACACUCUCCCAGCAAGUGCGAAAUCAGCUUGAUGGAAACAGUAACUUGCGGGAUCGUCUUGCAGAAGCUGUCAACCGAGGGGAAAAGGAACAGAAAAGGUCAACAACAAGAAUUAACAGCCUCCAGGGUAGACUCAAGGACCUCGAGGAUAAGCUGAUGAACGCUCAACAACAUUCUGAGGAGGCCUUUGCGCAGCACGAGGACGAAGUGCGGGACAUUCAAGAUAGCCACAAUGUCCAACUGCAUCGACUGAAGACUGGUCUCAGGCUGCGUACUGGUUCUACUCUCGGCUCACCCAGGAUGUCUAACCCCAUGUCACCAAUAUUCACGGCACGAUCUCCCAAAUUGGACAGGACUACAAGCGGAGUGGGUAGGUCUUUGGAUCAGGCACUUAGGACUGAGUUCUUGGAGAAGCGAGUCGCUGAGCUCGAGGCUGCUUUGGGAGAAGCAGACACAGAGAUGGAGGAGGUCGUCAGCAGGAUGAACCUUGCUCAAAUUGAAGUCAUGGAGCUUCAGUCCGCGAGGGACGACGCCAUGCGCCAGACUCGCAGACUUCAGACUGACAUCGACAUGGAACGAGAAAAAGUCGACUCUUUCACGAAAGGCGGUUUCUUUAAACGCUGA